AUGGAGGAUUCAGUAAAGAAGCCGAAGAGCAUAGUUGAUGUUGGGUGUGGGUCAGGGGCCGACUCCAUAUACCUAGCGAGGAAAUAUGGGGCCCAAUGCCAAGGCAUCAACUUGAGCCCUGUCCAAAUACAAAGGGCUCAAGCACUUGCAGCUGCGCAGGGAUUAGCAGAUAAAGUGUCAUUCCUAGUUGCGGAUGCUUUGCAACAACCAUUUCCCGAUGAGCAGUUUGAUCUAGUUUGGUGCAUGGAGAGUGCGCAGCACAUGCCUGACAAAAAGAAGUUAGUGAGUGAGUUGGCCCGGGUGGCAGCCCCUGGGGCCACCAUAAUAAUAGUAACAUGGUGCCAUAGAGAUCUCUCCUCCUCAGAGGACUUGAAGCCAGAAGAGAAGAAGCUAUUGGACAAGAUACGUGAUACUUUACAUCUACAACCUUGGUGUUCAGCUGCUGAUUAUGUGAAACUACUUCAAUCCCUCUCACUCCAGGAUAUCAAGGUAGCAGAUUGGUCGCGGUAUGUGACUCCAUUUUGGCCUGCUGUGAUCCGCUCUUUAUUUUCAUGGAAGAGAAUCAUCCCACUGCUUCGAAGAGGAUGGCAAAACAUAAAGGGACUGUUUGGCUUGCGAUUAUUAUGUGAGGGAUACGAGAAGGAUGCCCUCAAAAAUGUCAUCAUUACUUGUAGAAAACCACAGUGA